UUGUUGGUGCUUUAGGACCCAGUGGGCAGAGACACGGCGAUAUCAAACACUGGCUGUCCGAGAAAAUCAGGCUGAAAAGAAGGGAUAUCGAUGCAGACGGCGCUUUUCAGAGAUAUAAAGACACGGAGUGGGAAUGAGAGCUGAGGGAAAUCUGCAGCGGGAGAGUUAAAGAAUAAUAAUAAUUUAAAAAAAAAACAAAAACAAAUCGACGGCGCUGUGUUUAUUAUACAUACCACCGGCUGGGUGGCUCGCGCUCUUUCAAAGGCUGAUCUCUUCUUAAUGGAAAAAAAGAUCCUAUUUCCACUUUUCCCCCCCGUUAAAGAUGCAUAUCGUUAAAGGAGUAGACGUUUAUUUGCGUGCAUAAAGUAGCUGUUUCCUUUUUCUAAUUGAACGCUUCAUCUGGGAAAGAAAAUGCUCCUAAGCGUGCGCGUGAGCGAAACACUGUUUCCAAACUGAGUGGAGAAAGUGUCAGGAUUGUUAGCAUUCUCUGGUGCAGUCCUAGCUGGAUCCAGGAGGAUGUCUCCCAGCAUCCUUUCAGCACUACCUAGAGGGAGACUUCAUCAGCAUCCCAUUUUUCUCUGGCAAAUGAAGAUGAAGAACCAGCACACAAUGAUAGAACUCCAGUGAUUUCUGCUUUUGACGUUCCUCACCUCCCCACCCCUCUACCUUACACCCCUUCCCGGUCCCAAGCUUGACCAUGCUGCGUUUCCUGCCCCUCAAACUGGGCAGAGUGUAUCGCUGCCUGAAGCUGCUCUUUAUUGUGGGACUGUUUGUAGUGCUCUUGAUGAACACUCACACACUUCUCGCCUCCUUUCAGAAGAACGAGCUAACAGACCGUCGCUUCAUCCACCUCAACAAGUGUCCGGCUUGCUUCGGCACCAGUUGGUGUCGCAAGUUCAUGAAUGGGCAGGUAUCCUUUGAGUCGUGGGGCCGACUGCGUUUUCUCGAUGUCUUCAAUGUAAAGAACGUUUUCUUUGCCCAAUAUGGUGAGCCUCGGGAAGGCACGCGGCGCAUCGUUCUCAAGCGUCUUGGCUCGAACCAGGAGCUGGCGGACAUUGACCAGAAAAUCUGCAAGAGGGCCACUGGUCGACCUCGUUGUGAUCUCAUCCAGGCCAUGUACAAGACAGAGUUUGCACGACUUAAUGGAGACGUUCGCCUCUUGACCCCUGACGUAGUAGAGGGCUGGUCUGACCUGGUCCACUGCCCCUCGCAGAGACUGCUGGACCGAAUUGUCAGGAGAUAUGCUGAGACUAAAGACUCUGGAAGCUUCCUGUUGAAAAAUCUCAAAGACACAGAGAGGAUGCAGCUUCUGAUGACACUGGCCUUUAACCCUGAGCCUUUGGUACUGCAGAGUUUCCCGUCGGACGAGGGCUGGCCAUUUGCGAAGUACCUGGGUGCGUGCGGGCGCGUGGUGGCCGUGAACUACGUGGGCGAGGAGCUGUGGAACUUCUACGAGGCUCCGUGGGAAAAGCGAGUGGACCUGGCCAAGCAGCUCCUGGACAUCGCUGAGCAGCUCACCAACAACGACUUCGACUUCGCCUUGUACCUGCUCGACGUCAGCUUCGAUAACUUCGCCGUGGGGCCUCGCGACGGAAAGGUCAUCGUGGUGGACGCCGAGAACGUGCUGGUGGCCGACAAGAGGCUCAUCAAACAGAAUAAGCCGGAGAACUAUGACGCGUGGUACGAGAGCCGUUUCGAGGAGUGCGAUAAAGAGGCCUGCCUCUCUUUCUCCAAAGACGCUCUGUGCUCGAGGGUCACCGUGGACCACAACUAUUAUGCCAUCUGUCAGAACCUGCUGUCUCGCUACGCCACGUGGAGAGGCAGCACCGGGGGCUUGCUGCACGAUCCGCCACCGAGCGUGGGGAAAGACGGGCAUCUCGACGUCCUGCUGGAGGAGUGCGUCAAGCCCAAGAUGCGAUAUGGACGCUUCGCAGCCGCUAAAGAGCUCCGUCAGUAUCUCACCGAGCUCAGCGGCACGGCCAGGUAAUGACCCAAGCGGACCCCCGGGGAGCGGGUACUGAGAUGCUAACGGCUUCUUUCGCUCUUUGGGUGGCAGAGCAGCCGGUUCGGAGCAACGUAGAAAAGUGUCUGCAAGCUCUGAGAUCCGUUUAACGUUCCAGCCUGCUGACUUUAAGAAAUUAUAUUUCACUUCAAAGCAUGAGGGCUGGAUGAAGAGCUCCAUAUUGGAUGGAAAGAAAAAAAACAAACACUUUUUCUCACUUGACCCCAGAUCCAUGCUCGACGAUGGAAAAGUGUGGAAUAGUCUUUCAAUCCCAGUGUCAGCUCUGAGAGUUCGAGCUCAUCAUUUGUUCAUCUCUGAGGCUGGACUGUCUUAAAGAAGACGCAGCAGCUGCCGUACUUUCUUCCACAGAGCCGCUCGGUGUGAUGUGACCUGAUGUGACGUGAGCAUGCUCAGAAAGGCAGCUGGAGAAUUCAGCACACAGCAGCUCAGGAGGAACCCAUCUCCAGGCCUCUUCACUAAAUCUCAAGACUUCCAGUCAUCUGAUGUUUGGCAAUCAAGCAAAGCGAGGGUUUUCGGGUGUACAGAACUAAAUAACAAGCUACAGCUGUUUCUGCUUUUGCAUAUACCAAAGAGUCUGGCUAUAUGUUGCUUCGAUCCCUGAAUAUUUCAGCAUCCCGAGUGCUCAAGGCUGGCAAACAGACACUUUUACAAAGGAUAAUCCAGGACGAUUCUCAGUUCUGAAUGAAUGACCACCAGGUCCAAGUCAAAACUCUGCCUGAAAUCGGACACACUAAAACGGCGGGAUGGUUCAGCCAUACCCUCCAAAUUUAAUUCCACAGCUAUGAAAAUUGAAUUAAUCGCAAUUUAAUCACAUGUCUCUCUGACACUUAACAUCAGUUAACCUUCAGCUAUCAAUCUGCCAUUUUUUUUCCCCUGUUCCUGCCUUUUUUCGUAACGAAUUAGCACAUUAGGUUUGAUUUUACACUUAGUGGACCAGUGAAUUAGACCUGUGUGUGUGUGUGACUGAUGCAAAUCAUAAUUUCAUUAAGCUUUGAGCUUUGGGAAGAGGCUGGAAUCUGAAAUCUAGAUAAUCACGUCAGCUUAGGACAUCAUUUCAUUCAAAACGAACGCAAAGGGAAGAUGUUGCUGUUCUCAGUACAGAUUGAACUUUAUUCCUGGAGAUCUCCAACCCUAGCAGAACCCGCUUCCAUUCCUAAUCUAAUCUCUGACUCGCGCCCUGCUGGAAUCUAAUCUAAUAUUGGACUCAAAAUGCAGAGAUCUAGAAGAUCUCGAUGACUACCUACGUCAGGUGUUAGGUCGGAGCGGGAAGCAGGUUCCAUAGGGUUCCGCGUUGUUCCACAUCACCUCCAACGUCCUCACAUGGAAAAGCAAUAAGCGUCGUUCCUCCAGGCGUCGUCUUGUAUCACCCGGUUUCACCCGUAUGCGAGAUCUCUGCUCUGAUACCUGGGACUGAUUUGCACCUCUUUAGCAGCGGGUGUGAGUGAUUUAUUUUUUUUCUUUCUUUCGAAUGAGUUAAAAAAGAAGAAAAAAAACCCUGUCUGCUUGUGUUGUAAUUAUUUUUCAUUGAGUAUUAUAUCAGCAGUGUCUGAUUUUACUGUGCCUUUCAUUCAAAAGUUGUAUCCACAACUUUUCAGUGGGUUUAAUUAUCAAAUAAAUGAUUCUAUCUAUAGAUCUAUUUCUUAUAUUAGCUUCUUGGAUGUAUUAAUAUAUAUGUGGUCACUUUAUUUUCCAUUACACGUUUAAAAGCAACCUCCACAUACAGUACAGAACCCGGGGAAGUCUACGGACGUGUGAGGCGACCGAUGGUCAUAGUGAUGGCAGUAGUAACGAUCCCUAUUUCUAAGUACAACACUAUUUUACCUAGAAAAAAGUGCUUUACACUAAAUAUGCUUAUAUUGGAUUUUGUUUGUGAUCUUUAGCAAGUAAUAAUUUGUCAGUUUGUGUCGUAUUUUUUUAUUCUUUUCCAAGUUGUUUGCAGCACUGAUGUAAUUACAAACAGUGUUUUAGCUAGCAUCGAUUUAGCCGCCGUUUAAAACACCUAACAUCAACCUCAAACAAGUAAAAACAGUCUGGUUUUUGAUUUUGUAAAAAAUGUGAGU